UCGAAACACAGUAUAUAUAACACUUUCAGUUUUGAAAUGAUAUGUAUAAAUAAUUGAUUUCUCCUCUCAUCUUCUUUCAUUUUCCUUCUCACUCCAUUUUGUUUAUCUCCAAAAACCCUAAACACUAAUAGCGUUUAUAGCGUUUUUCUGAUGCUAUUCGUGCUCAAUUUUCUUGUAGUGUAGAGAUAAAAAGGAAGCCAAGUCUUUAAGGUGAAACAAAGCUCAAAAGGUUGUUUUAAGCAUCUCUUACUUAUUUCGGAAAUCACAAUCAUCUUUCAAUGUCAUGCUGAUCAAGAACCUAUAUAUAUAUACACCUCUCUUUCUUAUUAUCAUCUAGUUUACCUCUUUAGAAUACUAGAGCUUUAUCAGUUUUAAUGUCAGGCUAUGCCAAGACAACAUAUGGAGGAAAGAGCCAAGUUGUUGAUGAAGCUUACGCAGUUCACCCACCAAAACAGAGUGAUAUCAUCGGUAAAGUCAUCAUCUUUACCCUUGUAGGGCUCUGCAUUUUGCUCUGCAUCUUCAUCAGCAUCGGUUUCUAUGUCAUAGCCAAGCAACUUAAAGCAAACCUGACGUCCGUGGCUUUAAAAAACCUCAGGUACAGCAAUACAUCAUUAUCAUCAAGGCCUUAUUUCAACGCGACACUAGCUAUGAAGAUCAGAAUUGAGAAUCCGAAUUUCGGCUUCUUUGAUUUUCCAACUAGUAAAGGAGUUAUCAUGUACAAUGGUCGUCUUGUUGGUGAAAUGAAGAUUAAUGGACAACGAGUGGGUUCAUACAGUGCCAUAAGAACAGAGGUUAGGACAGAAGUGAGUUACAGAGAGACUCAGGGAUCAUCUGUUUGGUUGAAGAAUGAUAUAAAGAGAGGGUUAAUUAUCCUCAAUAUCAGAGCUAAACUGAGAGGUGAAGUACAUUUGAAAGCUUUGAACAAGAGAAGUGUGAAUUUGAAGUGUUUGAUGUAUCUUAAUCUGACUGAUGAAGUGAUUCAACGUUUGUGGUGUAAAUGAAAUCUCUCUUAGUUUAGGUUUAGGGUUUAUGUUUCUAAGUUGAUAUUGAAAUACUUUGGUUGUAUUAAAAUAUAUCAAUGGAUUGAUUAACAAUUACUAUA